AUGAACUGUACGGAUACUCAGAGAGUAGAAUUUGGUACUCAUAUGCUUGAGAAGGAAGCUGAAGAUUGGUGCAAUAACACUCUUCAGAGGUUUGAAGAAGAUGGCAUUCAGGUUACUCGGGCCCUUUUCCGUGAUGUCUUCUUGGAGAACUAUUUUCCGGAAGAUUGUCGUGGGAAAAAAAAGGUGGAGUUCCUUGAAUUGAAGCAAGGAAAUGGUAUUGUUGCUGAAUAUGCUGCUAGAUUUCAAGAGCUUAUCAAGUAUUGUCCCUAUUACAAUACUGCUAAUGCUGAGAGAUCUAAAUGCUUAAAGUUUGUUAAUGGCUUGAGACAUGAUAUCAAGAAGUCCAUUGGCUACCAAUAG